GACCCGCCCCAGGAGCCCCGGCUAAGAUCCCCACGGCAUCAGAAGAGCACGGCCCAGCAGCAGAAGAUCCAGGCCCACUGGUCACCUGGGUCCCAACACACACGGGAGCUGGGCCACAGGGAGCCAAGGACACUUCAGGACAGGUUGCUGGGGCCCAGCAUGGAGGAGGCAGGUGGGCCCCCAGCUCGGGCCGAGGCCCGGGUGGUGAGUGCCAGGCUGACAUGGCGACAGCGGCCCCCUGCCAAGGAAGAGGUGAGACAUCACUUUCACAAGGUGUCCCUGGUGUCCGAGGCCCAGAUGGAAGCCCCCCAGGAGGAGAUGUUUGAGUACAGCCCCCGUGGAGAGAAAGUCAAUGGCUUCGCUGCAAGGAGAGAAGAGACUGUGAAUCAUCAAGCCCCCCCGGUUGGGGCUGGUUCCAAGAGCUGCCAGAGCCAUGGGCCCAUCUUUUCCAAGAAGUACACACUACCCCCCAAGGAGAAAAGGCUGGUGAGGAGGCUGAAAGAGGCUGUGGACCAGUGUGAUGGCAGCUCCCAAGACUCUAGGACUGAGCCACCACGCCUGGGAGCCAUGGCCAGGACGGAGCUCUUGGUGCCCCUGCCGGGGCCCCGUGAGCCGAGCCCCCACCCAUGUGUGAACCGUGAGGAGCGGCAGGUGACACGCACUGUGCGGACCACUGUGGUGGUAGGCGGGCAUGUGGCCCGAAGGGUGACCAGCUCUGUGACCUUGGAGCCCGUGCUCCCGGGCGAGGCCCUGCCAAGGGGCCGCAAUGCUGUCCGGGCAGUGGUGGUGGGCCCCAGGCCUGAGGGCUCGCCCAGCCGCAGUCAGGCCCUGGAGCUGCUAAGUAGCCGGCUUCCCAGGCCCAUGGCUUCUGUGUCAAGGAGUCCAGGUCUGGGCAGUACAGAGGGCACAGCCCUGGGGCAGCUGCCUGCGAUGGGGACAACAGAGCCAAAAGGCAGAUCUGCCCUGGCCCCUGUAGGCAUCCCUGAGGGUGCUCACCCACCUCAGAACCAAGAGGCCCCUGCAGCCCAUCCAGACCCAGACCAGGGCCAAGCUCUGGGUGCCAAGGCCCAUAAGGUCCCAAGGGUGCAGGGAGCCUCCAACCCCACCCAGCUCCCUCUCCAAAUCUCUCAGGGCCCGGCAUUAGUACCCUCUUCUCCCAGAAUCCAGAUCCAUACCCCCUCCCCUGGCCUAGACCACCUUCCUGAGCAGCUUGUGGUGCCCACUCACCCCAGGGCCCAGCCUGCUCUGGAUCCCAGGGGACCCCAGGCCCUGCCCUCUGUAAAAACGGAAGAGCUCACAGAUACCCCUGCUGCCACCAUCAUGCCCAGGGUAAGGAGUGAGGUUGUUACGGUCCCUGGAGAACCCCCAUCCCCUACAAGAAGAAAGGCUGUCUCUAGCCCAGACAAUCUUUCUGCUCCAUCUUCCCCAAGGAAUAAGGUUGUUCAGGACCCUGAAAAUGUCCCUAUCUUCUCCCUCACCCAGAAAGACAUGGUGCAGGGCCCUGAUGUUCCUGCGGACCCCUCCCCCACCCAGAAAGAGGCUGUGCAGGCUCCUAGUGCUCCCGCUGCCGCAUCCCCCAAACCGACCGAGGUUGUCCAGGGCCCGGAAGAUGGGCCUAGCACCCAAAAGGAGGUUGUCCAGGGUAGUGAAGGCAGCUUUGGCGCUUCCCUCACCAAGGAAGAGUCUGCUCAGGGCCUGAUUGCUCCUGCUAUCCCAUCCCCCCAGGAGGAUAAGGCUGUCCAGGGCUCUAAAGGGAGCCCUGUCUCAUCUCCCACCCAAAAAAAGGUUGUAGAGGGUCCUGCUGUUCUUCCUGCUCCCUCCUCCUCAGUGGGCAAGGUGCUCCCCAGCCCAGGAGGCCCCUCUGCCCCAGAGCCAAUGGAAGCAGAGGCCAGCCAAGAGUCCCGGCUUAUCCCUGGCUCCACUGAAGACAAGAUGCUCCCGGAGCCAUCGAGGGAGGAGGAGGAGCUCGUCCUGGCGGCUGACCUGGAGAUGUUCCUGGACACCCUGCGGAGCAUGGAGCCCCCCGAGAUCCUCCGCACCCACCGGCUGCCACGAGCCCCCCGCUCCUCCUACCUGGCCAUGUACGCCACGCUGCCUCCGAUCGAGGAGGACCAGCCCAGGCCUUGGGUGCUGGGACCCAGCCCCCAGGAGGUGCCAGCACUGGAAGAAAAGGAGGAAGAGGAGGAGGAGGAGGAGGAGGAUGAAGAGGAGGAGGAGGAGCAGCCAGAGAACCCCUACCUGAGUGAUGAUGAGAAGCUCCAGCGCAGGCAGGAGAAAGCUGGGCCCGGGCCCUCCUGGGACUUCCUCCCUGCCAGGCCCCCCCAGGCCUCUUACUCGCCUCUGGAGAUGAUGAAGAAGCAUGUCACAGAUGCCAAGGGCUCCCAGCCGGAGCCAGGGCCAGAGCGGCAGGCGGGCACGAGGCCCACCUCCCGCCUUCAAGGCAGUCUUUUCUUUGGGGGUAGGGUGUCUGCCACCAAGGAGGCCCCCACCUCGGAAUCACUAGGCACAAAACUAUCCGCUCUGCCUUCCCAUGGGGCACCAGGGCUCAGAAAGGUGCCAGGACAGCCGCCCCUGCUCUGCAGUGACAGGUCGCCGCCAGAGAAGCCCCCGUGUGCCAGGCCCCCUGAGGGCUGGAGCCCGGCAUCGAAGACCCAGGGCAAGCUGAACACCAGGCCAGGAAAGGUGGUCCUCUUCUCAGAGCCCGGCUGCCAAGGCAGCAGCAGGGAGGUUUGGGAAGACAUUGCUGAUGCCUCCAGCUGGGCCCACGUGGCCUCCAUAAGAGUGGUCCGAGGCUGCUGGGUGCUGUAUGAAGAGCCAGAGUUCCGGGGCCGGAAGCUGGUCCUGCCUGAAGGAGAUGUGGAGCUCAGAGCCGCGGGGCCCGCGUGGAGUGUCCACGGCAUCGGCUCCCUCAGGAGAGUCGUCCGGGACUACAUCACCCCAGAGAUCAGCCUGUACUCGGAGGAGGGUCUCAAGGGGGAGCAAGUGAAGCUAACCCAGUCCUUGGAGGACCCCCAUAGCCUGAAGAGGCCCCUGCAGGUGGCAUCUGCCACUGUCUCUGCAGGACUGUGGCUGCUGUACCCCAAACCCUUCUUUGAAGACACUCCCUGCAUCCUGGAGCCUGGAGAGUACCCCACCUCCAAGGACUGGGGUACAUCAGACCCCAGCGUGGGCUCCUUGAAACCCCUGAGUUUGGGCUGCCCAAGAGUGGAGAAGCCAGGGGAGCCCAAGGCUGUGGUGUAUGAGGCCCCAGGCUUUCAAGGCCAGAGCUGGGAAGUGAGCCGAGACAUCUACAGCCUUCAGCAGCCGGAGGACGGCCACAGCCCGCGCCUGGCCUCUGUGGGGUCCCUGCGAGUUCUUGGAGGCUGCUGGGUUGGCUAUGAGAAGGAAGGCUUCCGGGGCCACCAGUAUCUGCUGGAGGAGGGGGAAUACCCUGAUUGGUCACACUGGGGAGGCUAUGACGAGGCGCUGACCUCCCUGCGGGUCAUCCGGACGGUAAGCAAGGCAACUGGGCCAUCCCUCUGCCUCCAGCCACAGCCAUGCCCUCCCCACGCGGGCAACAGCGCCCUCGCCUCGCUUCAGCCGGUGCUGCAGGUCGAGGAGCAAAAUCUGCACUUUAUCUCUAAGAUUCAGCUUUUCUCGGGCCCUGACUUCCUGGGAGACCACAUCUCCUUCGAGGAUGACCAGGCCUCUCUGCCCGCCUCUUUCCAGCCCCAGUCCUGCCGAGUCCACGGUGGCAGCUGGAUCCUAUUUGAUGAGAAGAACUUUGAGGGUGACCAGCACAUUCUCUCCGAGGGCGAGUUCCCCACUCUCACAGCCAUGGGCUGUCUGGCCUCCGCAGCCCUGGGCUCCCUCAGGAAGGUGCCCCUGCACUUUUCAGAGCCCUCCAUUUUUCUGUAUGGACUGGAGUGCUUCGAGGGGAAGGAGAUUGAGCUCAAUGGAGAGGUGCGGAGUCUCCAAGCUGAGGGUUUCAACAACCACGUGCUGUCCGUGCGGAUCCAGGGGGGCACCUGGGUGCUGUGUGAACACAGCGACUUUCGGGGCCGCCAGUGGCUGGUGGGCAGUUGCGAGAUCACGAACUGGCUGACCUACAGCGGGACUCAGAGGGUGGGCUCCCUCUACCCCAUCAAGCAGCGCCGGGCUUAUUUCCGCCUCUGGAAUGUGGCACUGGAGGGGUUCCUGGCAGUGCCAGACCAUGUGGAAGACAUGAAGGCGGGCCGUGUGGUGGUUGCUGAGCCUGGAGCUGGAGGUAGCUGCAUCUGGUACUACGAAGAUGGGCUGCUGAAGAACCAGGUGGCCCCCACCAUGAGCCUGCAGGUGAUUGGGCCCCCCAGCGCAGGCUCCAAGGUGGUGCUGUGGGCCGAGAGCCGCCUGCCCCGUCAGACGUGGAGCAUCAACGACUUGGGCCACAUCUGCAGCCAGAUGUUUGAAGGUCGGGUCCUGGAUGUGAAGGGUGGCCGGGGCUAUGACCGGGACCAUGUGGUGCUGUGGGAGCCGACCAAGGACAGGGUUUCCCAGAUCUGGACUGUUCAUGUACUUUGACACCCCACCCUCCCAGGCCUGGAGGCUUUCUCCGGGAUGAAAUGUUUUUAUAAGAGUUUGUUGCUGUUGUU